ACCUAGGUUAGCGAAAUCCAAAAUCACUUGCCGCCAUUUUCUCUCUCUCUCUCAUCUGUGUGUGGUUCUUAGAACAUAUCUAUGGAAUUAGAGAAGCCGUCGAAGAUUACUUGUUCUGUGGUGGCGAUUGAUCAUACCAACAUGUAUUACACAGUUUGUUCUUGCUGUGAGAGGACUCUUUUCGAUCCCAACAAUGGUGGUCAGAACCCUAGUUCUUCGUCUUCUUCAACUUCUCAACAAUGCAAGUAUUGCACUUUCAACAAUUCCAUCAAUCCAGGAUCCAAGCGCGUCUUCCGUAUUCUUAUGUCUAUAGCAACAGACAGCGAGGUUUUUUCGGUGAUAAUGUUUGAUAGGAUUGCCCGAGUUCUAUUUGGUUGUUCUGCUGAUCAGUUCUUUGAUUUAACUAAACUUCAUCCUCGAGCUGCUGUUGAUGCAGGAAGAACCCUAGAAGGAGAGUUGCUAAGAGUAACCCUAUCAAAACCAAAAAAUGGAAAUGCCCAACAUCUGCGUGUUGUCAAUGUUGUUCCUUUUAGUUCUGUUUUUCAACCUGUCUUCCCCACUUUGAAGCAACAUUAUAGACUUAAAUAAAAGAGGAAUUUAGUUCUUCAAUAAUUACUAUCAAAAUUAUGCAAUGUUUCUUUUGAUAAUUGUCAUUGAUUUGGUGA